GGCUGCCGGGAGCUGGCUGGGCCGCGGACCGCGGGGCCGGGUUUGCGGCUAGGGGUCUGGCCGCCCGGUGUGUAGGGGCCAUGCCGCCGGGUCCCCGGGCCUGCUUUGCUCCGCUCCCCGGCCGCCACGCCCCGCGUCCCAGCUGGGAUGGUGAACCUGGCGGCCAUGGUGUGGCGCCGGCUCCUGCGGAAGAGGUGGGUGCUGGCCCUGGUCUUCGGGCUCUCGCUGGUCUACUUCCUCAGCAGCACCCUAAAGCAGGAGGAGAGGGCAGUGAGAGAUCGGAAUCUCCUCCAGGUUCAGGACCACGACCAACCCAUUCCAUGGAAGGUACAGUUCAACUUGGGCAAUAGCAGCCGGCCAAGCAAUCAGUGCCGGAACUCCAUUCAAGGGAAGCACCUCAUCACGGACGACCUGGGGUACGUCUGUGAACGGAAGGAUCUGCUGACCAAUGGCUGCUGUGAUGUCAGCGUCCCCAGCACAAAGCAGUACUGCUGCGAUGGCUGCCUGGCCAACGGCUGCUGCAGCGCCUAUGAGCACUGUGUGUCCUGCUGCCUGCAGCCCAACAAGCAACUUCUCCUGGAGCGCUUCCUCAACCGGGCAGCAGUGGCAUUCCAGAACCUCUUCAUGGCAGUGGAAGAUCACUUUGAACUGUGCUUGGCUAAGUGCAGGACCUCUUCCCAGCAGUCCCUCCACUUUGGAGUGAGCAGUGAUUUGUACGGCGACAGAGUUGUGGUUUGUUUUAGGAUUCAAGGGGCCAGGGCAGAGUGUGCAGCACGAGAACACCUAUCGGGACCCCGUGGCCAAGUACUGCUACGGAGAGAGCCCGCCCGAGCUCUUCCCUGCGUGACGGCCGCUGCAGCCUGGGGCCUGAGACACUGCUGGAGGACGCGCCACCCAGGGCCAGACUUAAAUGUCCCAGCCAGUCCAGGGCAAGGAGACAAGGUGGCAUGGGGACACUUUGACUGUGACCACUUCCUGUGCUGUCCACGGGCGCUGCCCACCAUCAGGCUGCACCUGGCAGAGCUCUUCUAUGAAGCGGACUGGAACCUCGGGCUGGGCCCAGGCAGGAAAGAACCGCGGGCUGAGCUGGGGGUGGUGUCGGCCUCCCUGGAGACUCAGCUCGGCACCCACACAGGGGCCUGUGGCUUGUGUCCAUCAGGCUCCGGGUGUUCACUUCCAUUUUGAUCUGGGCUCUUCUCGGUAAAAUUAUUUAUUAGAUUCCUUUGGAAUACUGGGAAAACCAUAGUGUUUUAUGGAGGAAAAUGCCUUACCAUUCUAGUUGAAUAUAUUCAAAGAAAUUAUUUUUGUUGUUGUCCUGGGUCCUAGAGUUUCACGAGUUAAAUUGUCCCUUCACCCAGAUAAGAUGGCUUGUCCCUUGGAAUGUGGAUCUUCUCUCUAGGGAGUUAUUUUUGGUUUUGACAAUGUCUUCGAGAGUGGGUCUCAGAUACAACGGAGGAACCAUAUCCUGGCUUUUAAAAUCAUGUGAACACUCCGAACUGACUGCUGCGUUCUAACCUCGGGCAGCGCUGCCAGCAGUGGCCCUGAGUGCCCCGGGCCCUGUUCUGGGUUUCCAUGUGCCAUCUGCCUUAGGACUGUUCCAGCCACGGUGGUGACGUGUCCAGAGGCGGUCCUUCUCCCUUCCUGCACCACUGUCGAAGGACUGGGAUCUGCUCAGUGUGGCACAAGGGGGCCUCCUCCCCUCUCCUGUCACAGAAGCCCUGUGCUAGGCCAUUCCUGGGCACACAGCUGUUUACUGUUUCAGCGUUUCUGUAGCAGGUAUAAAUGAUUUUUGGAGAAGAAAACCCAACUUUCUGAGA